AUGGCAAAGCAUCAUCCUGAUCUGAUUAUGUGCCGGAAGCAACCAGGAAUAGCUAUUGGAAGGUUGUGUGAAAAGUGUGAUGGUAAGUGUGUAAUUUGCGACUCUUAUGUGCGUCCAUGCACGCUUGUUCGGGUCUGCGAUGAGUGCAACUAUGGAUCCUUCCAGGGAAGGUGUGUUAUCUGCGGAGGGGUUGGAAUUUCUGAUGCUUAUUACUGCAAAGAGUGUACUCAGCAGGAGAAAGAUAGAGAUGGGUGUCCGAAAAUUGUGAAUCUGGGAAGUGCCAAAACAGAUCUUUUCUACGAACGGAAAAAGUAUGGUUUCAAGAAAAGAUGA